CGAAGAAUGCGCGGGAUAUAUCAUCUGAAUACCCGCAAUAUCUCAGAAUGUCCACGUGCAGUCUCGCACCGAAGGAUAGCCACCACGAGGACCAGCCGAAACUUCGGAAACCAUGAAAAUCUCCAUGAUACCAGAGUCUUCGAAAACAUCUGACCGAGAAGAAUGCUCAUUGGUCCGGUGCUCCGGCGACCUGGUGCAUUACGAAUGCCGACACCACAACACGACUUCUAAUCUCCCUCAAAUCCGAAACAAUAAGAAACGGUCGAACGGCGUGGGACUGAACACGGUGAUCACCAAGGCUGACCACAUGGAGAACGAAAUCACGAAAUUAUGCAGGAGCAUGAGGAUGUCCUGCCAGGACAUCAUCCACGAGUCCGAAGAGGAGGACGACCUGACGAUGGAGGAAGUCGGCAAGUACCUGGAGGCCAAUCCGAUAGCGGCCGAGAUCUGGUUCCGGAAAAAGGCGAGCCCGGAACUUCGGCAACGCUUGCAAGCCUCCAGCCUGGAGCCGAAGUCUUCGACUUCGAGUCUACAUCAGGAAGAAAGUUUGCUCAGCAGGAGUAAACGAAACAGCGUGACCUCGGACUUGUUCCAAUCUUGGCUGGCCACGAGUUCACCCAUAAAGCGAAGUAAAAGCCCGAGUAGAGCGUCGACGUCCCUGAUGGGGAGACGAGAAGAAUUAAUCAGGCUGGACGAAGGUGAACUUUUCAUGGAGCUUAUUCGCGACGUGGCGAACGAACUCGACAUCAACGUCCUUUGUCACAAGAUCCUUGUGAACGUUGGACUGCUCACUCACGCCGACCGUGGAAGUUUGUUCCUGGCGAAGGGUCCCCAGGAUAACAGAUAUCUCUUCGCGAAACUGUUCGACGUCACGCAGGAUACGGAAUUGGACGAGGCUCUUCAGCGAGCCACGAAUGAAGAAAUCAAAAUACCUUUUGGUGUCGGAAUUGCCGGUUACGUGGCCCAGACUAAAGAGAUCAUCAAUAUUAAGGAUGCCUACAAGGACCCCAGGUUUAACAGCGCCAUUGAUAUGAGAACGGGAUACAAGACGACACUUAUCCUAUCGAUGCCUAUCUGCAAUUACGAGGGCGACGUCAUCGGAGUGGCGCAAAUUAUCAACAAGACUAAUGACAGCAAUGAGUUCACCCAAAGAGACGUUGAAGUAUUUCAAAGGUACCUGACAUUUUGCGGAAUUGGGAUUCAAAACGCUCAACUAUUCGAAUUAUCCGUGCAGGAAUAUAGAAGGAACCAAAUUCUUCUUAAUUUGGCGAGAAGUAUUUUCGAAGAGCAGAACAACUUGGAAUGCCUCGUUACGAAAAUAAUGACCGAGGCGAAGGAAUUGCUCAAAUGCGAGAGAUGUGCGGUAUACCUAUUGGACUUGGACUGUGGAGAAGCAAGUCAUCUGGAAAAAAUCGUUGAACGUCCAGGCAAGAUGGUUCAAGAAAGCAGACAACCAUUGUCGAGAAGAGAGAGCAACAACAUCGAUAUGGAAGACAUCUUUCAACAACACGUAACCAGUGGAGCCAAUAAAUUCACAAUGAUCUUUGAAAUGGCAAACGGGACCCAGGAAGCCAAGAUUUACCGACCAAAUUCCAAUGACUUGUUGAAACCAUUAGGACAAAUCGCAAGAUACGUGGCGACUACAGGACAGAUUUUAAAUAUCGGAGAUGUAGCAGCAUGGUUGAAAAAGGAUCUGGUAGAAACAGGGAACGAGCUAAUAAGGAGUAUCCUAUGUAUGCCCAUUGUCAACGGCCAGAGGACGGUGAUAGGAGUGGCACAAUUGAUAAACAAGGACAAUGGGACGUCGUUUACGGAUCCUGACGUGACGAUCUUCGAAGCUUUCGCAAUUUUCUGUGGCCUCGGUAUUCACAAUACUCAAAUGUACGAAUCGGCCUGCAAACUUAUGGCUAAGCAAAAAGUUGCUCUCGAGUGUCUCAGUUAUCAUGCGACUGCCAGCAACGAGGACACGAUCAAGCUCACGUCCGACCCGAUACCAACGGCAGAGAAAUACAAUCUUUAUAGUUUUACUUUUAUCGACUUCGACCUCAGCGACGAGGACACUUGUAGAGCCACCGUCAGGAUGUUCAAGCAAUGUAAUCUCAUACAAAAGUUUCAUAUACCUUACGACGUAAUGUGUCGUUGGAUUCUUAGCGUUAAAAAGAACUACAGACCGGUGAAGUACCACAACUGGAGGCAUGCGCUAAAUGUCGCUCAAACGAUGUUUGCAAUUCUAAAGACCGGGAAAAUGGAGCAAUUCAUGACCGACCUGGAGAUCCUAGGCCUUUUGGUUGCUUGUCUCUGUCACGAUUUAGACCACCGAGGUACCAACAAUGCCUUUCAGACGAAAACGGAGUCGCCUCUGGCAAUCCUUUACUCGACCAGUACCAUGGAACACCAUCACUUCGAUCAAUGCGUCAUGAUUCUAAACUCGGACAGCAACAAUAUUUUUCAAAACCUAACAAUGGAAGAUUACAGAAAAGUCAUGAGAGUUGUGGAAAAUGCCAUUCUCUCUACGGACUUGGCGGUCUAUUUCAAGAAGAAGAACCGAUUCAUGGAGUUGAUCGACGAGGGGGAAUUCGACUGGCAGAGCGAGGAGAAGAAAGAACUGCUCUGCGGCAUGAUGAUGACCGCCUGCGACGUGAGUGCCAUCGCGAAGCCAUGGGAGGUGCAACACCGCGUGGCGAAGCUCGUCGCCGACGAAUUCUUCGACCAGGGUGACCUGGAGAAGCUGCAGUUGAACCAACAGCCCGUGGCGAUGAUGGACCGCGAACGACGGGACGAGUUGCCGCAAAUGCAGGUCGGCUUCAUCGACGUGAUAUGUCUGCCUCUGUACAAAGUCCUGUCGGACACCUUCCCCUGGAUCCUUCCUCUGUACGAGGGGACGAUGGACAACCGGAAGCACUGGCAAGACCUGGCGGAGAAGGUGGAGAUGGGACUUACGUGGAUAGAUCGCGACACGAUCGAGGAGCCCGUCGAGGAGUUCGUGUCCUACGAGCCGAAGGAUAUCGAGUUCACGGUGACGACCUUGAAUUGCGCCCACCCUGAGAAGGCGGAGGCACCUCGCAACGCCAACCUGGCCGAAGCUGCAAAAUUGUCCUUGGGGAUAGGGACGAGGUUCCCCUCGGUGAAGAAGCCUGGGAAGAACUUCGGUAAGAGCACAAGAUACCGACUGACCAGGAGUCUGUACGGCAGACCUCCUUCGGAGGACCUGCCGGCCAAGCCGAAGAUCCCGAUGCCCGAGAGGAAGACCCAUGCCAGGAACAAGCUCUGCAUGAUAAUUUGACGUCUUACCUCGAGUUCUUUGGAAAACAUACCCGAAUGUUAGAAAGCCUCGCAAUGGGGCGAGCUCAUCUAGCGACCGAAUCGAGGGUGUGAACGUGUACUCCUUCGACAACGGGGAUUGCGUCCUCGGCGCCCUUCGUCAAUUAUCCUUGAGCUGGUGUAUCGGAAUCCAGCAGUGAUGACAUGGAGAUUUCCUUAUUGGGGAACUUCUAGAGCCUCAGCCACCUCUUCGGAGCUGGAGAGACAUCAACCUCGAGUUCUCAUAGGUUGUGCCGUAACUUCGGAGAAUCUAGAGGAUGCAGAUUGUUAAUACUCGUAGAUGGGAGUACCAAGUUGGUUGUCCAGGACCUCGAGGCGACUCGUUAUGUAGCUCCGGAGAAUCGAAAGGAUGCAGGUUGUAUACUACUCGUAGAUGGGAGUAUCACGUUUAAAAGGUUUUCCAGGACCUUGAGAUGGCUUGUCUCUGUAACUUUGGAGAGCGUAAGGGAAAACAGUCUGUAUAAUCCUGGUCAACGCGACCACCACGUUUACCAGGUUAUCCAGGACUUCGAGAUAUCUUGCAUUUGUAACUUCAGAGAGCCAAGGAACAACAUUCUGCGUUACACUAAUAGACGCGACUAUCAGAUUGUCCAGCAUCUCGAAUGCAUUUUUCAUCUCUAACGUCGCAGAGAGAAUUUCGAGAAUACAAGCUGUAGAAAACUAGUAGAAACGACUACCAGGUUGUCCAGAAUCUCGAGAUACCUUGCAUCUCUAUGGUCACAGCCCGAUAAACACAAAACAGUGGAAUUCACGUUUUAUACCCGUAAAUCUAGUGAUAAUAAGGUGGUAGAUGCAAAAAUUAAACGCUUAUCCACCCACGGUUUUUUUUUUCUACGUUAAAUAUACAUCCACAAGAAACGUGUAUUUAACGUAUUAACGUUAUUUCAACGUAUAGCAAACGAUAAUAGGCGAUUAUUUUACGCACGGACUACGUUUAAUCGACGUUCGCGUUACACGACCAAAACGAUGGUUUAAUAAACAAUAGAAUAGACUUGAUAUGGACGUUGAAUUUGUCGUGUACAGGACAUUGGAGCGGGUAAGACCCGUUUUCUCUCGCGACACACUUUGUACGAUUACAGCCAACGGUUUUAGGCCAUUUCUCAAAGUGUAUUCCACCACUUUGUGUUUAUUCGGAAUAAGUCUCAAGGUAAUAGAAGCUGCGCAAAGCUCGUAUCAGCGAGUACCACUACGGCAGCGAAUCAAAAUACGAGAGAUUGCGUCGAGCACCGACAAUCCUUUUUCUAUUGUUUGAUCGUCCAGGCUAGAUAAGUUGAAAGGUUCUCGAUCCAAUCAAGCGAAAGAAGAAAAACAAACGUACCAAAAAUAGAAAAAUAACAGGAAGGAAGAGCACGAGGGAACGUAUCGGAGUGGCGAUCGCGUAACGAUAGGCACUAGUUAGGAUAACCUAGCAAUAGAACUAGACCGAACGAUAAGCGUUGAACCGAUCGACUUCCGUGCGAGUUUCCGCAGUGUUUCGAUCGACUAUUAAUUAUCAAUUAAUUCGUCAGCGUCGAGUCGGGCACGUUAAUUUCCACGACAGCCCUGCGUCCAGUUCGUGCAAUUUUCCGACAAAGGAAAGCCCGAAGAUAAGGGCCGAGCGACAAUUAACCGCUCCUCGCGACAGCUACACCGAGAAAAAAUUCAUUUCCAAUUAGAAAAGCAUCCUUUCAUUGAAAAACGUUCAUUUGUAUCAACUAACAAUGUUUCGGUAGAAAGAUCACGUAGAUACCCCAAAGAGAUGAUAUUCUUGGGAAUUUCUUUAAACCUGUAACGUGUUUAAUUGCAACUAAUAACUUGGUGUACUAUUUCAUUCGAUCUACCGAAAGGUUUCUUAGGUAUGAAAGUAUAUUUCAUUUCGUUGAACUAUGAAGAAAAAAAGAAGAAAAUGAAAACUUCUUCUUUCAAGGAGAUUAUUUCUCUAAAUGGAGUUAAAGAAAUGAAACAUAGUUUCGAUUUCUUACAUCGUUAUCUUAAGAUAUGAAGUAUUCGAUCAAUGCAAUUUAUCAGCGUUAAACAUUCGGCACUUUUUUUUCUCAGACAUUUCUUUGAUUUUAUGCCGCGGUUUCUUUAACCCCAUUCAGAGAAAUAAUCUCCUUGAAAGGAAGAAAGAAAAAAAACGUGUUUUUCUCAAUGUAGAACAUUCGCGAGAGCAUCUUUAGAGAAUUAAGUGAAACUUUUUUGGCGCCGUACUUGACCUCUUAUCUCGGUCUCCUCGUCUGGCGAUCGCGUUUUUGGGGACUCUCGCGUUUCCAUAAAAAAACAAAAAAAAAAUAAAGACAACUCUCGCGCGACGAAGCUCCCGAAAUUCGGGGCGAAGGACACUUCCGACAUUCUUUUCCAAGAUUCCGACUCGGUCGUUUUAACAAAUGUUCCGUUG